CAGAGCACAUUACUUUUACUGAGAGAAAGCUCAGUUUUCUGCAGCUGUAUUUGAUUUUUCAGUUUGAUUGAGUGCUGGGGACUUAAUGCUGUCCUUGAGCAUUUGGGUUUUCACCUAUGAGGGCAUUCGUAGGAGGAGUGUGUGACUUUCCGUGGGUAGGAUUCAGAGGAUGGGCUAGACCAUUGCUUUGUCCUCCCUAAACAGAGCCUCUGCUAGAAUGAUCUUGUGGCUAAUGGUGCAGUUAACUUACAACUUCUGAGGAGAGACCACAUCUUCAAUUACAGUUGUUCAUGGACUCCCUGCAGUGUGAAGAUUUAUUUACUCAUGUCCCAUUAAUUCCCUGCAUGAAAAAUUAUUUAAACGUUGCACACAAAUCUUUUGUGAAAGAAGAAAAGGAAAUUCAGCUUGUGGAUCUCAGCAGGAGUGAAACUAAUGCAGCUUAAAAUAAUGCCGAAAAAGAAGCGCUUAUCUGCAGGCAGAGUGCCCCUGGUUCUCCUCCUGUGCCAGAUGAUUAGUGCACUGGAAGUACCUCUUGAUCCAAAACUUCUUGAAGACUUGGUACAACCUCCAACCAUCACUCACCAGUCUCCAAAAGAUUACAUUAUUGACCCUCGGGAGAAUAUCGUGAUCCAGUGUGAGGCCAAAGGGAAGCCUCCUCCAAGCUUUUCUUGGACACGAAAUGGAACUCAUUUUGACAUAGAUAAAGACCCUCUGGUCACCAUGAAGCCUGGAUCAGGAACGCUUAUAAUCAACAUUAUGAGUGAAGGGAAAGCAGAGACUUAUGAAGGAGUCUAUCAGUGUACGGCGAGGAAUGAGCGUGGUGCUGCAAUUUCUAAUAACAUUGUCGUCCGCCCAUCCAGGUCACCGUUAUGGACCAAAGAAAAACUUGAACCAAUAAUACUUCGAAAUGGUCAAUCUUUAGUACUUCCCUGUAGACCUCCAAUUGGAUUACCACCAGCUAUAAUAUUUUGGAUGGAUAACUCCUUUCAAAGACUUCCACAGAGUGAGAGGGUUUCCCAAGGUCUGAAUGGAGACCUUUAUUUUUCUAAUGUUCUCCCAGAAGAUACCCGUGAAGACUAUAUCUGUUAUGCCAGAUUUAAUCACACUCAAACUAUACAGCAAAAACAACCUAUUUCUGUGAAGGUAGUUUCAGCUAAAUCAAGUAGAGAGAGGCCACCAACAUUUUUAACUCCAGAAGGCAAUGCAAGUCACAAAGAGGAAUUAAGAGGAAAUGUGCUUUCACUGGAGUGCAUUGCAGAAGGCCUGCCUACCCCAAUUAUUUACUGGAUAAAAGAAGAUGGAAUACUACCCAUCAACCGGACAUUUUAUCGGAACUUUAAGAAAACCUUGCAGAUUAUUCAUGUUACAGAAGCGGAUUCUGGGAAUUACCAGUGUAUAGCCAAAAAUGCAUUAGGAGCCAUCCAUCAUACCAUUUCUGUCACAGUUAAAGCGGCCCCUUACUGGAUCAUGGCACCUCAAAAUCUUGUGCUGUCCCCAGGAGAGGAUGGGACCCUGAUCUGUAGAGCUAAUGGCAACCCCAAACCCAGAAUUAGCUGGUUAACAAAUGGAGUCCCAAUAGAAAUUGCUCCUGAUGACCCCAGCAGAAAAAUAGAUGGUGAUACCAUUAUUUUUUCAAAUGUUCAAGAAAGAUCAAGUGCAGUUUAUCAGUGCAAUGCCUCUAAUGAAUAUGGAUAUUUAUUGGCAAAUGCAUUUGUAAAUGUGCUCGCUGAGCCACCACGAAUCCUCACAUCUGCAAAUACACUCUACCAGGUCAUUGCCAACAGGCCUGCUUUGCUAGAUUGUGUCUUCUUUGGGUCUCCUCUGCCUACCAUUGAGUGGUUUAAAGGAGCCAAAGGAAGUGCUCUUCGUGAAGACAUUUAUAUUUUACAUGAAAAUGGAACUUUGGAAAUUCCUGUGGCACAAAAGGAUAGUUCAGGAACGUAUACGUGUGUUGCAAGGAACAAAUUAGGGAUGGCAAAAAAUGAUGUUCACUUGGAAAUCAAAGAUCCAACGAGGAUCAUCAAACAGCCUGAAUAUGCUGUUGUACAAAGAGGCAGCACAGUAUCCUUUGAAUGCAAAGUGAAACAUGAUCACACCUUAGUCCCCACUGUCACAUGGCUGAAGGACAACAGCGAGUUGCCCAACGAUGAAAGGUUCACUGUCGACAAGGAUCAUUUGGUGGUAGCUGAUGUAAGUGACAAUGACGGUGGGACCUACACUUGUGUGGCCAACACAACUCUGGACAAUGUUUCUGCAAGUGCUGUGCUCAGCGUUGUCGCUCCUACUCCAACUCCAGCUCCCAUUUACGAUGUGCCAAAUCCUCCCUUUGAUUUAGAAUUGACUAAUCAACUUGACAAAAGUGUUCAGCUGUCCUGGACCCCAGGCGAUGACAACAACAGCCCCAUUACAAAAUUCAUCAUUGAAUAUGAAGAUGCAAUGCAUGAGGCAGGGCUGUGGCACCACCAAACUGAAGUUUCUGGAACACAGACCACAGCCCAGCUGAAGCUGUCUCCUUAUGUGAACUACUCCUUCCGAGUGAUGGCGGUGAACAGCAUCGGGAGGAGCCUGCCCAGUGAGGCGUCUGAACAGUAUCUGACAAAAGCCACAGAACCAGAUAAAAAUCCCACGGCUGUGGAAGGACUGGGUUCAGAGCCUGAUAAUUUGGUGAUUACAUGGAAGCCCCUGAAUGGUUUUGAAUCUAAUGGGCCAGGCCUUCAGUACAAAGUGAGCUGGCGCCAGAAAGAUGGUGAUGAUGAAUGGACAUCUGUGGUGGUGGCAAAUGUAUCCAAAUAUAUUGUCUCCGGCACACCAACCUUUGUCCCAUACCUGAUAAAAGUUCAGGCCCUGAAUGACGUGGGCUUUGCUCCAGAGCCAGCUGUAAUCAUGGGACAUUCUGGAGAAGACCUCCCUAUGGUGGCUCCCGGGAAUGUACACGUGAAUGUGGUGAACAGCACCUUGGCGGAGGUGCACUGGGAUCCUGUACCUCUGAAAAGUAUUCGAGGACACCUACAAGGCUAUCGGAUUUACUAUUGGAAGGCACAGAGUUCAUCCAAAAGAAACAGACGCCACAUUGAAAAAAAGAUCCUCACUUUCCAAGGCAGCAAGACUCAUGGCAUGCUGCCUGGGCUGGAUCCCUUCAGCCACUACACAUUGAAUGUCCGUGUGGUCAAUGGGAAAGGGGAGGGCCCAGCCAGUCCUGACAGAGUCUUUUCUACUCCAGAAGGAGUCCCCAGUUCGCCUUCAUCUUUGAAGAUUGUUAAUCCCACACGGGACUCUCUCACUUUGGAAUGGGAUCCACCAAGUCACCCAAAUGGCAUUUUGAUUGAAUACACCUUAAAAUUUCAGCCAAUUAACAGUACCCACGAAUUAGGCCCUCUGAUAGAUUUAAAAAUUCCUGCCAACAAGACACGCUGGACUUUAAAAAAUUUAAAUUUCAGCACUCGGUAUAAGUUUUAUUUGUGUGCACAAACAUCAGCAGGGUCAGGAAGUCAAAUUACAGAAGAAGCAAUGACAACUACCGAUGAAGCUGGUAUUCUUCCACCUGAUGUAGGUGCAGGCAAAGCAAUGGCAAGCCGGCAGGUGGAUAUCGCGACUCAGGGCUGGUUCAUAGGUCUAAUGUGUGCUGUUGCGCUCCUUAUCUUAAUUUUGCUGAUUGUUUGCUUCAUCAGAAGAAACAAGGGUGGUAAAUACCCAGUUAAAGAAAAAGAAGAUGCUCAUGCAGAUCCUGAAAUUCAGCCGAUGAAGGAAGACGAUGGAACUUUUGGAGAAUACAGUGACGCAGAAGACCACAAGCCUUUGAAAAAAGGAAGUCGAACACCUUCAGACAGGACUGUGAAAAAAGAAGACAGCGAUGAUAGCUUGGUUGACUAUGGAGAGGGGGUGAAUGGCCAAUUCAACGAGGAUGGCUCCUUUAUUGGACAAUACAGUGGUAAGAAAGAGAAAGAACCGGCAGAGGGAAACGAGAGCUCAGAGGCACCUUCUCCUGUCAAUGCCAUGAAUUCCUUUGUUUAAUUUUUAAGCUCUUUGCCAAUGUCCAAUUUCUCUAGAAUGUUUAUCUUAAGCACUUGUUUGUCAGCCUUCUCAUACUAUGAACAUAUGGGUAGAAAGUGUUUUCUGCUGUAUGUUAAUAUUAUGAGAAAAGUUAGAGCAAGAACACAACUCAGUCAAAUGAUAUGUCAAUGUGAACUGCAGUGCAAAGUGCAUACUUUUUCAUUCAAAGUGGGUUGUCUCGAUUUCCUCAGAACUGAUCAAAAUGAUGCAACAUCGUCAACAAAUCAUGCUAUUCCCUCUUCAAGAUACAGUUCAAUAGGAUGCAUGAGAAAUGCUACACAUUUAAAGGACAUACCUAAGUUAAGUAUGUUAUUAAAACAUGGUUUGAUACUUUGUUUAUACUAUCCUCAGCUGAACCCCUAAAUAUGAAUUCCGUUUUCAUUGUCAAGAGUGUUACUGUAGUAUUCUCUAGAACUUCAAUGUCUUUGUGGACAUUGUUGUGAAAUUGGUGAUCCUAUGUCUAGCUGUUGUUAGUCUUUUGGGGAGACUGGUAGGAACAGUAUGUACAGUAUAUACUUGCUAAAUAAGUUAAUUAUGACAGUUGCAUUUGCUGAUGCUACUGAGACUCUGUUACCUGCUCUUUGCUCCUGUUACUUCAUAGGCUUCUUAAUCUUCCAGGUAUUACAGCAGCACAGUGUUCUACUUUGUACAUUAUCUGUGUUUGGUUGUUUUUAGGCAUAAACAGUGUGUAUUGCAAUGCAUUUGGACAUUUGUGCCAUACUGAAAGAAUUGAAACAAAUCACUGUAAUUAAAUUUCAAAAAAUUUUCCAGAAAAUACAGGGCAAGAUACAUGCAGUGCCUUCAGACAAUAAGCAUUCCAUAAUAUACUGCAUUCUGUAUCAGCCGGUACAGUGGACUCCAUCUUAGAUUACUGUCAUUGUCAAAAAGUAACUUUUGAAAAGCAGAGAUAAUGAAAACUGCAAUGCUGAAAACAAAAAAAAAGAAAUGGAAAAUUAAAGUAAGAAGACAGUUUAUUUUAAGGCACAUUUCCCCAUAAAUUACAAAGAAAAAUUUUAUUAUCAACUAGACAACAUGAUAGUUUGGUUUCCAUUCCAACAGGUCACAUUCAGUAAGAAUGUCAACAUGGUAUAAAAUUAAUAGAAAAAUAAACAAGUUAUUGCAAAACUAAAAGCAUACAACAGCAUGCCAACAUAAUUCAUAUUUGUAAGACUUUACCUAUAUGAGCUUUUGAAACUCUCUGCAGCAUUAAGCAAUGUAUAUGCAAAUCACAAUGGACACACUUCAGAAUCUAAGAAAUUGGCAAGUGCUUAAAAGGCCAGCAGUCUAAGGGAUUACAUCUGCAGUUUAAGAAAUAAAUAUAUAUAUAUUCUAUCUUAUUCAUAAACAAUAUCUAUCAAAUGGUUUACCUCUAAAUAUGAAAAUCUAUAACAACCUAUGGUUGAAGGAAUGCUCAGUUUCAUUUGCCAAUAAAUUGGUUUCUCAUAACUUGCAUCAAGUUUAAUUUUAAGUAAAGCUUUUUAUAUGUAGAUAUUUUGUUGAAUUUGUAAAUAUACUUAAAGUGUAGAUGCUAUAUGCUUAUAGGUGUUACAUACAAAUAAACAAAUAAACAAUGUUUAUGUUGCACUGUGUAAGAAGUAAGCUAAUUCAUGCAGUGCAUGGGAUUGGAAAGCAUCUAAGUACCUUUUGUAUUUUUUCUCCCUUUUUGCUGUGACAUGGAAAUAGUGAACUUUUCCACAGCAGGUUUCUAGCUGAAAUCUUCAGACCUUUGCCUAUGGAGCACAGUAGGUUUAAUACCUGGCAUGUUUGGUAAAUGCAGGUAAAGCAUAGUUUGAAGUAAUCCCAGGUUAAGGUGGCCCUUAAUGCUUUCAUUUCUCCAUAUCCACUUUUGAAAGAUCAACCUAUCCAUUGAAAGACAAAAAUAAAAAUAAAAUGGACUUGCCUUGGCAUCAGAGAGCACAAAGAUAAAAGUUACUUUAUUUUGUCAAUGUUUCAGGAGAACAAUAAAAGUACAGUUUUUUACCCUUCCAUAAUGGUACAUGCUAAAUUUAUCUGUGCAUGGAGUCACUUCUGUAAUAAUGCAACAGAUUUUGUAUUAAAAAUUAAAUGUGGUUUUAAAAGUCCCUCUCUCUUUUGUAAUUUAUCAUGUGGAGUGGAGUGUGGAUAUCUAAGUAAUGGUAUAUGUAACAAUAUAGGCAAAUGUGGAAAAAAAAAGCAACUGUUAAACCCUCUUGAUCUCUU